CCCACCCUUUGCCCAGCGAGGGAGGGCUAGGGCAAAGGAAAUGGAGGGUAGGGUUGUGUGCACUGCUGUAACCAGACUCCCAGGCCCCUAUAGCCCUCUGCCUGGUCUGGCUCCAGUUGUGAGUGAGGUUCCCAUUCUGGUCGGUGGGGGAAGAGGGGCUGGCGCUUGGCCAGAUCAUAGCUACUGCAGCUGGAGAGGAGGCCUGGGAAGACAGGACUGGGGAGCAGAGCUGGGUCCAUGCAUGAUAAACAAAGUAAGAGAGGGAGGGAGAGCAGGAGAAUGGGGAGGUAGCUGGGGAGCCGAGGACAGGGCUCAUCUGAACCAGAGCGAGGAGCACAGUAGUGCUCUCUCUCUGUAUGAUAACCUCCCCAACGCUGCCACUCCCGACAGCCUGCAAGAGGUCUUUGACAUGGAAACAAGCUGCGAGGAGCACUGGCAGGGGCAGAUGUGCCAAGCACGGGCCCCCCAGGGACUGAUGGACGGCGAGGGAGCGAGUGAAGACAAGAGCACCAGAAUCCAGCAGCAAAAUCCAGACCAAGACAAGAAGCGUGAACAGGACCCAGAGCUGGACUCAGGAUCGUGUGGAUUCAAGCAGCUCCCGCUGUCGCCCCCCCAACAACAUCUUACAGCAAGUUCCCCUCAACUAUCUCAAACUGAGUGCAAGGUUCUGUGGCCCCCAGCUGACGCCCAGCACCCAGAGCAGCCAUCCUGGUCUCCCAGGGUGCCCCCUCCUGUGCCCCUGGCAGACCCCUCCGCCAGCGCCCUUCGCAGCCUCCUCACUAGCCUCCAACAGCAAAUAGUCAGACAGAGGGAGGAGUACGAGGCACGAAUACUCAGCCUAGAGCAAAGAAACGCAGAGCUGCAGGUAGAGGUGGUUCGGUUGAAAACAAACCUAACGCAGCAGCGGCACUGGUACCAGGGCGUCCAGGACAAGAUGGCGGAGUCCGAAAGGACCCGGGCCGCCGCAGAACUACGCAAUGCAACUCUGCAGAAGGAGAUGGAGCAGUUCUUCGACACCUUCGGAGAGCUCAACAAUGAGGCCAAGAAGACGGAGUACAUCGUCAAGAGCUUUUGAGAGAAGAAUACAUGAAGUGUGUGUGACGAUAUGAACAGUGUGCAAAGAGAAGGACAAGACUGAUUAGUCUUUAAACUGUAGUGCUGUAUAGUAGUUUGACACAAUCUUUGCAGAAUAGUUCCUUUAGAGUGAUGUACAGUUAUUUUUUCAUUAAGAAUCUGAGAAACAUACAAAACGUAUCACCGAUGUCCACUUUAUUAGUUACGGGAGGAGAAAAGAUGUUGGCCGGGUGAUUAUAUUGUGGUCAUUGCAGUCGCACAGGACAUCUCUGAAAAUAAAAGGAGAAAUGAACUGAACAGAAACGUGAGAUGCUCAGUGUGUACAAUGAAGCGAUUUGUUUUUACAACACAGUAAUGGUGGUAAGGAGGUCCGAGCACUGUGGUGCUCAGUCCGUCUCUGAUAAGAGUUGUGAGAGUGAAAUUGCCGCUCCAUCGGUCGUUUAAAGGCAUGACUGAAAUAAGGUCACGUUAUUAAAAACGAAAAAGCAUAGUGUGCAACAUUUAAAACCCCAGUGACGCCAUCGUGUCAUAUCUCUGCAUGUCCAUCGCAAUGUGCAAUCAGUUCUGCAAAAAAGCAGCUCCACAGUCCAUUUCUCUCAUCUUUAAGUUUCCAUCUGGAGUUCCAAAGGUGCAGAUUUCCAUCCAGGACUCCACACAUCCUCCUUUUUAAACCGCACGUUUGCUCUUUGUUGAGGGGACGACUUCCUCCAUAGACUCGGCCCUUACAACCGGGCGACUGCUGUCUUUAAGGACGAUUCAAAGGAGAUAAUGAGAGCGCUGCACAGUACAUUUUGAUAAGACACACACACACACACACACACACACACAAUGCUCACAAGGCAAAAAAAAACAAAAAAAACACAUCUGCAUCAAACAGGCUUUCAGAACCAAGGACAUCAAGGUACUGUAAUAAAAGAACGGACCUGAACGGAUUUCUCUGUAUAACGAGAACUACGGUAUCGUAUUGGCAUCUUUAACGCCGUCAUGCAAGUUGAACACCAUUAUGUGUGUCGUACUGCCUUUAUCUACAGGAUGUCUGA